UGCUGCUACACACACUGAACAAGGACCACUGACAACAUUUCUCUCAGCAGCUCUGCAACUAACAAACAAAGAGAAUGAGGGGUACCGUAGUAAUGUUUUGCCUGAUUGGAGCAGUUUUUGCCAACCCAAUUUUUUUCAGUGCCAUUUCGGAAUCAAAUUCGCUUGACUCAAACUCGACUGAAAGUUUGUCGGUUUCACAAUCUUCAGAAAAUGACACCUCAGAGCUUCAGAGCUCUGAAGAAAGUAACUCUAUUCAAAGUCAGAGCUCAGAGUCAGAAUCAUUAGAAUCCACAUCAGAGGCCAAGACUUCAGAGGAGAGUAACAGUCAAUCAGAUGAGGAUGUUGCGAUUGAUCUUAUGAUUGAAACCAGAGAUGAUAGCAUGGGCAGCGAGGAGAAUGUUCGAAAGAGUUGGGUUCAACAGUUCGCAAGUGUCAUCAAAGACCUGAGUGCAGAGGACAACAGCAGCAUGGAGAUCAAGGCUCAACCAGACCACCUGACUGAGAAACAGCCCACUCUUACCUCCACGAGCACGAACAACACCGAAAGCAGCAGUGAGAGCAGCAGCAGUGAGAGCACCAGCAGUGAGAGCACCAGCAGUGAAAGCACCAGCAGUGAAAGCAACCAGACCAACGAGACCAGUGAGGAGAGUGACAGCAGCAGCGAGGAAAGCAAGAGCUUGGAGGACAGUAAUGCUAGUGACAGCGAUGAGCUGCAGCAAAUCAAAGCCCCAGACUGUGUGAAGGGAACUCAAAGCUGUGAAAGUGAAGAGUAUUUCUUCCAGGAUAUAGGAGACGAUGCUCAGUACUCAGUGGACAAUCUAAUGAUGCCAGAGGAGGCUGAAAGGGAGCUACGUUUAAGGAGAUGAGGAGAUGCUCUUGUGCAGCUUUUUGUUUUACCACUAUGAACUACUGCACAAUUGAAUGGCCUGCCUGAAGACUUCAGGAUGAUACAUUUUAAUCUUGCCCAUCGCUUUGAAUGUUAAUUUUGGCAAUAUACUGUUACCUGCAGCUGAUUUAUAUGUGUGUGUGUGAUUAUUACUGUGAUUAAGAUUAAGCAUUUACUUUUGUUUUGAUAAUAAUAAACAUAUAAUGUAACCAUGGUAUUGGUUGCUGGACAUUUUUUGUAUAAUCAUUCAGUGUAGUAUACAGUGUAGUAUAUUAACUUCAACUAUCUCUCUCUCUGGUUUAGGGGUCUAAAGAUUGGUUAAUUAUGCAGGGGCCCAGGGUUUGUCACACAUACAUAACAUGUUUUGUCAUCAGCUAUACUUAAAGUCAUUUUUUAUUUUCCAUUUUUUCCAUAAGACUUUAAUCACUUGACAGUUCAGUAAGGUAAAAAGCAACAAAAAAAAUCUGUCUCUUUCCAUUUACUGAUGAGAGAAAAGCAAUGGAAACGAAGGUAAGGACUCAGUAAGUUGCCAUAUUGUCCAGUCCGUGUACCUUUGUAUUAGGAGAGAUUUUGUUUAGACACUGGCCAGCCAUAUAGAGAAAAGAUUCCAGGAGUCUUGUAAAGAAGACAAAAAAACAUAUUUCUUCAAGUGUUAUGAAAUAUAACCAGUAGUAGACCAUUGAUGUGUAAAGUGAUUUCGGUACUUUACUGUAUCACCAAAAUUAAGCUAGAUUUGUGUAUUUUAACCAUACAAUCUGUGACUUUAACCAACGAGAGACCAUUAAUGUGUGGAGCGAAUUUGAUAGCACUACAAAAGGAGAAGUCAUCUUGUUACUUGAUGACAUAAUAUUUUUGGAGAAGGUCGUUUCGACGUUUGACUUUG